AUAGAACAAGAACCAAACAAAAUCGUCAAAUGUAUCGUUUUGAUUAGAGGUUUAUGCUUUUGAAAUAAAAAAAAAUGUUGAUAAAAGUAUUAUGUAACAGAUAAUAUUAAUAAAAGUGAAGAAAUAUUGAAAUAGGUAAUCGGUUAUAAGCCGUAUAUUGAUGAAAAGCUGUUAUAUCUAAGUAGCAAGCGACGGUUGUAAAUAGUGAACAUGUUUUAACAUAGAAUUAAAUCAUUUAUUCAUAAAGUAGGUACAUAAGUAAUACGAAAUACCUACAUUAUUUUAUCAUUUAAGUUAUUCGGUCACGAUACCAAUAGAGGCACGAUGGCUAAGAAUGGUUUAUUGUUUGUCUCGUCUGCUGCGAAGGCCCACGCUCAAUGCUUGACAUCAUCAAAGCAUGUUAAUAAAAUUUUGUACAUCAAAGUGAAAGAAUCUAGCCAGAAUUUUUUACCCAUAAUGAGUAAGCAUAUAGUGGAACUUUAUUCAAAGGCAUCAUCCCAAAGUGGAAAAUUAGAUGUUAGACUUAUUCUUAAACCAUUAGAGGCAACAACGAAAGUAAAAACUAAUCAUCCCAUAGACCUCAUAUUGUAUGACAGCAACUUAUCAAAAGAAGUGGAUAGUCUGAAAAGUGUGGUGACAUCCUUGAAAACGGAUCAAGUUCCUAAAAGCAUAGACUUAUCAAAUUCCAUAGACAGCCAUUCAAUUAAUGAAUCAGUGAAGCGAUACGGAUAUGUCGCGCUCGGCGGCACCUUUGACCGGUUGCACAACGGCCACAAGAUAUUACUGUCCGAAGCGGCGCUGCGGGCCACGAAGCAUCUUACGGUGGGAGUCACUGAUGUUAAUAUGAUUCAGUCAAAAAAGUUGUGGGAGUUGAUAGAGCCAAUAGAGAAGCGAAUUAAAGCUGUGUUAGACUUCUUGACUGACAUAAAUCCUGGCUUGGAAUAUAAUGUGGUCCCAAUACAGGAUAUGUAUGGCCCCACGAAAGAUGACGAUAGACUAGAGAUGCUCGUAGUGAGCGAGGAAACAGUACGGGGCGGCGUCAAAGUGAACGAGAAACGCAAAGAGAACGGCCUCGCGCCCCUGGACACGUACGUGAUCAACUUGGCCCAGGAUUCGUCUCCGAAUAGAGCCCAGGAUGAGGAGGAGAAGGUCAGCUCGUCCAAUUUGAGGAUGAGGAUCUUGGGGACUAUGAUCAGACCGCCUAAACCUAAUCCCAACAUUCCGGCAUGGCCUUACGUCAUAGGGCUGGCGGGGGGUAUCGCCAGCGGGAAGAGCAAUAUAGCCGAGAAACUCAAAGCAAAAGGCGCGGCUAUAGUGAAUUGCGAUCUCAUAGCCCAUGAGCUGUAUAGGCCGGGGUUGCCCCUCAACUCCACCCUGGCUGAAACGUUUGGGAAACACAUCAUCACGGAGACGGGGGAGGUGGACAGGAAGAAACUGGGAUCCAUCGUGUUUGGUGAUCAGGCCCAACUCGAGAAGCUGAACUCUAUAAUUUGGCCGGCGAUCAUAGCGGAGGCCGAGAAUCGAAUCCGGGCCCUCGGGCAGGCGGGCUACGAGGUGGUGGUGAUGGAAGCGGCGGUGAUGGUCCGCGCCAAGUGGUACACUCGGUGCCAUCAGCUGUGGGCUGUUAUUAUACCACCAUUAGAGGCUGUGAAGAGACUACAACAACGGAACUCGCUGACCGAAGAAGAAGCGAAGCAGAGAAUAGCAUCACAGCCUUCAAACUUGGAGCAAAUAGAGCACGCCAAUAUGGUGUUCAGUCCGUUUUGGAGUUACGAAUACACGCAGGCGCAAAUAGACCGGGCCUGGGAUUCUUUGCAGGAGAUAAUGCGUGACAGGAAAUGAGAAAGAAUGGGGUUGCCUUAUAAGUCGUUAUAUAGGUCUAAGUAAGUCCACUUUUUGAAUAAGAGUACCUUAAAAGAUAUGCCUACAUUUUUGGGUACUUUUGGGUCUCUUUUGUUUACCUUUUACUACACACAAAAAACAGUUGAUAUGUGCAUUCUGCACUACUUAAAUGAGAACACGAAAAAAAAGCAUAAAUAUUCAUCUGACCCUUUCAAAAGAACGGGUUUUCCAAACAUAAUUAGUAUAAGUUUUUCUUAACAAUAUUCAUGGCCAUAGACAAUAUUCUAUUUAUAUUGAUAAAGAAACUACAAGAAGUUAGACUUCAUCGAAGCAUUUUUGAUUUAAGAUAAAACCUUUGUCUGUUAUGUUAUAUACAGACUGAAUUAACCCGUGUAACGGAUGUUUAUACUGUAUAGAUUAUAAUGUAAAAAUUUGUAUGAUAGUUUAUUGGCGUCGACAAAUAAAUAUGAUUAUGGAUCGUCA